UAACACAAACAAGAUAAUAGAAAAUUAUAAAUUUAUUUUAAAGAAAUUUAACGAAAUCCCUAAUGAAUAUUUUAUGCAGGCAAUUUUUAAUAAAUUAUUAAUGUUAAAAGAAGAAUUAGAAGACAUUUCAAAUGCAAUAAAUUGGGCAAAACAGGGAAUAGUAAAUUCUAAACUUCUCUGUAAAAAAGACCUAACACAAAUUUUAAAUGACAUAGAAAAUUUACCCUACGGUAACGAUGCACAAGCAUUGAAUUAUGCAACCCCUUCCGUUGCAAUUAAAGGCGAAGUGAUUCUUUAUAUUAUUUCAUUGCCUAUAACUACUAACGAAAUUUAUAACCAUUUAAAAAUAAGACCUGUUACAAAAAAUAACAAACAAAUUUUGAUUCCUUAUCUAGAUAUAUUAGCAAAUAAAAAAGAAAUGUAUGGUAUAAAAGAAAAUUGUUUAAAAGUUCAUGAAAUUUUAAUAUGUAAACAAAACCAAAUUAUCAAAUUAUCUAAAAAUUCCUGUAUUUCCAAUCUACUAAACAGUAUGAAUGCAAAUUGUACUUAUAUAUUUAACACAAAAACAAGCAUUGAACAAGAAACAGAAAAUUUAAUUUUUAUAGAUAAUUACAAAGGAAAGUUAUAUGAUUGUGAAAACAAAACAAGAACAUUAAAUGGAACCUAUGUAGUACAAAUUUCUAACUGUUCAAUAAAUCUUGGAAACUUAAAUUUUAUAACAAAAGAAAUAACCAAUUAUGUACCAUUGCCAUCAAUAUUCCAAGGACAAUUAACAGAAUCAAAUAUUAAACUAAAUAUCGAUCAAAUACAUCUUGAAAACAUUAAACAAAUAGAAGAAAUAAAAACAAUUAGCAAUCAAACUUUCAUUAAUAACAUAGUUUUGUACAUUUUGAUAAUAAUUAUUGUAAUCAUUAUUCUUGCAAAAAAGGGUAAAAACCAAAAAGAAAUUAAUGUAAUUAACGAAAUACCUAAACCAGAAAACAUUGUAUUAAAAACUCUCCCAGUAAAAAAAUUUGAUGAAAGGAUGUUUAUAACAUUAAAUUAGUUUAUUUUUCGGGACGAAAAAUUUAAAAGAAGGGAGGAGUUAAAUGUAUAUCAAAUAUCAAACCCAAGUCCGAUAUGAAAUAUAAACAUCCGACUGUGAUCAAUGCUAUCUGAUGGAUACAUUCUCACGAUUGAGUGUUUACAUUUCAAAGUGAUGACUUAGUAUUUUUACUCUAGAUUUUAAGUCACAUAGAAUAUUUUUCAGUUUGUAUAAGUUAGUUCUUAAGAUCCGAUACUCCGGCUAACAUCUAGU